GAAGGGGAAAAGCGAGAAGAAACAGAGACAGUGAGGGUUUAGGGUUUUACCCUGCAUUUUCCCACCCUUGCUUGUAGACACGGAUUGCAAGCCAAAAUGCGAGGAAUUCAGCUGUCGUUGAAUCAAACCCAGAAGAUCAGGCUGCAGAGAGCUCUCCAGCAGCUCGAAUCCCUUUCUUCCAAGGUCAAUUCCAACGCUUCCGUCACCGUCGCAGACACCAUCCCCAUCAACAACGAAGACAGCAUUCUCAAGGGGCAUGGAACCUCGGAACGCGGCGGUGAUGUGGUUGCGACGUUGUGUGGGGUGGUGGAGCGGGUUAACAAGCUGGUCUAUGUACGGACCUUGCGCGCCAGGUAUAAGCCGGAGGUUGGCGAUAUCAUAGUGGGACGCGUUGUUGAGGUGGCUCAAAAGCGUUGGAAACUGGAAAUAAAUUUCAGCCAAGAUGCAGUGUUAAUGCUUUCUUCCAUGAACUUGCCUGAUGGUAUUCAGAGGCGGCGAACUGCAUUGGAUGAGCUCAACAUGCGCUAUAUAUUUGAGGAGAAUGAUGUUGUAUGUGCUGAGGUUCGUAACUUCCAGCAUGAUGGUACUCUCCAGCUGCAAGCCAGAAGCCAAAAGUACGGAAAGCUCGAGAAGGGUCAACUUUUGAAGGUUCCACCAUAUCUGGUGAAGAGACAAAAACACCAUUUCCAUCAUCUGGAUGAGUACGAUGUCGACGUGAUUCUUGGAUGUAAUGGCUUCAUCUGGGUUGGUGAACAUGUGGAUGUCCGAGAGAGCAUGGUGGAGGAUCAAACAGAAAAUGCCGGAGAGCAGAAUUCGAGGUCUAAUAAAUCCCUUGAGGACACUCCGAUAGAGACGAGGCGGCGCAUAUGUCAGAUCGCGAACGCUAUCCGUGUGCUAUCCAAUUUAGGCUUCAAUAUAACUGUGGAAGUGAUACUGGAAGCGGUUAACUUGAGCAGCAAGCUGGAUUGUGGUGUGGAUGAGAUGCUGGGACCCGAGUUCCAUGUUGCUCUGGCUGAGAGAGAGGCUCAACGGCGUUCACAGUCGAAGAAGAAAGGAUGAAACUAGUAGGGAUUCUGGUGUGAUAUGUAACCAAGGCUUAACUUACUAUUUUGUGCAAAUUUUGUCUGUUGUUCCUAUACUGCGGUUCUUAAAGCUUGUGCUCCUAAUCAGACCAGCGACAGCCUACUAGCCACCAAAAGUGUCGUUUACUUACGUUGAAAGUGACCAUGACCUUGGAUAACGAGUUAAGCAUUACGAAUUUAUGAAA